CGGAAAAUCUGGUAGAAUCGGUGCUUUAGUUAUUCCCCCCAUCAUCAAAUAAUCCAUUUCAGUACAUUACUCCGUAUUCCAGAGUACCCUAUAUAAUUAAGAUUAGAAAUUAGCGUCUGUUCCAGGUAUAAUUUCCAAACAAUUGAAGCAAGCAGCCAUGGCCGCCGGAGAUUCGUCUUCUUCCUCCAACAACACUGUUUAUCAUGACGGAACUGGAGAAUCUCGUGAGCUUACUCCUCUGCAAAAACAUGUAAUAUUUUUUGAUAUCAACCGGGAUGGAAUCAUUUAUCCAUGGGAAACAUAUCAAGGUUUUAGAAAAAUUGGAUGUGGGGUGCCUCUAUCAAUUAUAGCAGCCGUCUUUAUUAAUCUUGGGCUCAGUAAAAAAACUCGUCCGGGGAAGUGGCCAUCCCUUCUCUUCCCUAUUGAGGUGGAAAACAUCAAGUUGGCAAAGCAUACUAGUGAUUCCGGUAUCUAUGAUUCAGAAGGAAGGUUUGUUUUAUCAAAAUUUGAGGAAAUAUUCAAGAAACAUGCCCGAUCAAGUGCAAAUGGUCUGACAUCAAAAGAAUUGGAUGAAUUUCUUAAGGCAAAUAGACAGCCAAAAGAUUAUAAAGGAUGGAUUGCUGCAUUGGCAGAGUGGAAGGUACUAUAUUUGGUAGCUAAAAACAAGGAUGGUAUUGUAUCCAAAGAAGCAAUAGGAGGAGUUUAUGAUGGCAGCCUUUUCCAGAUAUUGGCGGAAGAGCAUGCAUCGAAGAAGAAGCAUGUGUAAUUUACUUGUAAUUAAAUGUUUGUUUGAAAGCAAUAAUAUAAUACAAAGUGAGACAAGCAUGCCGAUAGUGUCCGUGUAAUUUGUUAAUUGUUGAUCAUUCAAUUCUUACGAAUGCGUUGAUGCGUUAAACCUAAUACAGCUUAUGUCUUACACAUUCACUAUAUAUUCCUCAUACGGGUUAUUUUUUACUCAUUCAAUUCGAUGUUUCUGAGUUUUGUUUGUCCGACUAAGUUCGGAAUGUAUUAUGGUUGCGUAGCUGUUUCGGGUAGAAUGCAAACUAAAGAAAGAAUCAAUAAUUUUUUUCCGGUUGACACUACGGGGCUGUUUGGCAACUUCUGAAUAGGUAAAUGCUGAACCAGUAAGAGGUCUGAACCAUUAAGUGCUGAACCAGUAAGAGGUCUGAACCAUUAAGAGCUAGUAUAUUGCUUAACUAUUCAGAGGCAAAUGUCUGAUCAAUUCAGAUAAGAGGUCUUAACCAUUCAGACUCUGUAUAAUACUUAACCAUUCAGAGGCAAAUCUCUUAACCAUUCAGACAUCUGAACUA